ACAGAAUGGAUUCUAGGAUGACUAAGCACUAUGGUGUGGAUGAGUGUGAUCCCAAGAAAAUAGUGGACUUAUUCUUCUCUCCAGAAACUUUUCCAGAAACCACUACAAAUAUGAUGACAUUUCUCCAUACAGCAUUCGCUACAGGUUGUGCUUCAGGAAAAUCCCUGAUUGAUAUCAGUUUUGGGCCCAUCAUAUUUCACCUUCUGCCAAUCUGUGAAUUCUUGGAAGAGAUUACUGUGCUGGAAAUCAGUGACCUUUGCAUGGAGGAAUUGGUGAAAUGGUGGAAUAAAGAUACGGAUACCUAUGACUGGACCCACGCCUUAUCACUAUUGGCAGAGACAAAUGGAAGCAGUGACGGAUGGGAAGAAAAAGAAGACACACUGAUAAGUAAAAUAGAACAUAUCGGAAAAUGUGACUUCAGACAAAACAACCCCACAGAUCCCUUAGUGCUGCAGAAAGUGGACUGUGUGAUGAGCUUGUGGGUGCUGGAUAUGAUUAGCAAAGACCAGGACUCUUACUGCCAAAACUUAAAAAAGAUAUCUUCUUUAAUUAAGCUAGGAGGCUAUAUCUUUAUAUUUGGAGGCAUCAACACCAGCUAUGUUACAAUUGCGGAGCACAAGUACCAUUUCUUAAACUAUGACGACAAUUUUUUAAAAGAUGCUCUAAGUGACGAAGGGUACAUUAUUGAACAUUAUCAGUACCUGGAGAAGGAACCGGCUUGUGAACUUAUAGACCGUGUGACAACAGUUUUUGUUGUUGCCCGCAAAGUAAGAGAGGUUAAGAACUGUAAGACCUAGCGCUUCCCUUGUCUAUUUUUAGGUCGGAUCUGUCACGGACAAAAUUUAAAAAGUUUCUUAUUUUCAGUUAUCUAUAAUUCUUACAUAUUUGCUUUUAUUUAAUUUUUAGUAUGGCCUUUCUCAUGUCACAUGUCAGUGACAUUACAUGCAAAGAAGAGGUAGGAGACACACUCAGAGGUAUUCUAGUGGGCUAAUAAGAAACCCUGCUCCUGGCACUGUUUAUGUAAGAAUGGGGGAAUACUGUAAAAGGGUAUUUUAAAAAAAAAUGUCCCUACUUGUUCCAACAAGAAUGUAUUUUAAUUGGUAGGUUUCUGUAACCAAAUUAGGUGUUUCUGUAGCUGCGCAUUAUUAUUACAGUUUAGUUUGAACUAUGUUAAAUUGUUCUACAUAACUUUUAGAUCACUUAUAUAACUUCUACAUAACUUUUCCAGACAACUCAGUAAAAAUAAGGAUUACUAUUACUGUCCCUAGGCAAUAUCCUGAUUCAAUAAAUGAU